CAUUUAAAAAAAAAAAAUACCAACAUUCUAAGGAGAAACUAAAGCACUUCUCAUAUAAAAAGAGAGAGAGCUUAUUCUCAUCUUUGUCUCUUUUGUCUCUUCAUCUGUUGUUUUGGUUGGGCAAUGGCAAUGGCUCGUCCUUUGUUCUUGCUAGCUUGUGCUUUAGCUUUUCUAGCUUCUUCACUCUCCUCUGCUGCAGUUGUGGAGCAUACUUUUCAUGUGCAAAACUUGACUGUUCAACGGUUGUGCCACCAGCAUGUCAUUACUGCAGUAAAUGGAAGCCUUCCCGGCCCAAUAAUACAAGUUCACGAGGGUGACACGCUCGUUGUUCAUGUUUUUAACAAAUCUCCCUACAAUCUUACCAUUCACUGGCAUGGGAUUUUCCAGUUACUUAGUGGUUGGGCAGAUGGACCUGAAUAUGCAACUCAAUGUCCAAUACUUCCUGGAAAUUGCUACACUUAUCGAUUCACCAUCACUGGCCAAGAAGGAACACUUUGGUGGCAUGCACAUGUCCAGUGGCUUCGUGCAACUGUUCACGGAGCAUUAAUCAUCCGCCCAAGAGUUGGUCAUUCGUACCCAUUCCCAAAACCGCAAAAAGAAUUUCCAAUUCUGUUAGGAGAGUGGUGGAAUGCUAAUGUUAUUGACGUUGAGAACCAAGGACUUGCAAGUGGUGGCGCACCCAACAUUUCCGAUGCUUUCACCAUAAACGGCCAGCCUGGCGAUCUAUAUCCAUGCUCUUCAAAUAGAACGUACAAGAUCAAGGUGGUAAAAGGGAAAACAUAUCUCUUGCGUAUCAUCAACGCUGCACUCAAUAACCAGUUCUUUUUCAAGAUAGCAAACCACAACAUGACAGUUGUUGCCGUUGAUGCUAGUUAUACUGUUCCAAUAGUCACUGACGUUGUUGUUAUUGCACCUGGCCAAACCACCGACGUUCUCUUUACCGCCAACCAACCACCAGCCUCUUACUACAUGGCGGCACUUGCCUAUGCUAGCGCAGCAAAUGUAUCAUUUGAUAGUACAACCACCACUGGGAUCAUCAUCUAUGAGAAUGCCACUCCAUCAACCCCACAGAUGCCAGUUCUACCGGCUUUCAAUGAUACACCAACGGCCUACAAGUUUUCUAGCAAUCUAACUGGGCUUAUGAAUGGGCCUCACUGGACCCCAGUCCCACUUGAAAUCGAUGAACAGAUGUUUGUGACAGUAGGCUUGGGCUUGGUAGCAUGUGGAGGGACCACAAAUGCCACUUGUGCAGGCCCACUCAAGCAACGAUUAGGUGCAAGCAUGAACAAUGCGUCCUUUCAAUUCCCUACCAAGUUAUCGAUGUUGCAAGCCUUCUUCAACAAUGUUGAUGGGAUCUACACCACUGACUUUCCAAAUCAACCGCCAUUGAUGUUUGACUACACAAAUUCCAAUAACAGCUUCAACAUGUCCAUCAUAAUGACAACAAAGUCAACCAAAGUCAAAAAAGUCAAGUUCAAUUCGACUAUUCAAAUUGUGCUGCAGAACACAGCCUUUGUGGGUAUAGAGAACCACCCUAUUCACUUGCAUGGAUUCAACUUCCAUGUGGUGGCUCAAGGGUUUGGAAACUAUGACCCAAUAAAAGAUCCCAAAAAGUUCAAUCUCAUCAAUCCGCAAAUACGUAACACUAUUGGUGUACCAGUCGGAGGUUGGGCUGUCAUCAGAUUUCAGGCAAACAAUCCAGGUGUAUGGUUGAUGCAUUGUCACUUGGAUGUGCACUUGCCAUGGGGACUGGCGACGGCAUUUGUUGUUGAGAAUGGUCCAACACCAUCAACUACGUUACCUCCACCUCCUCCAGAUCUACCCCACUGUUAGGAGUUGUUCUAAGAUGCUUCUAAUACUCUUGUUUUUGUUUUUAUUUUUAUGAUUUCUUUCAUUUCCACUAUAUUUUUUAUUUUCAUGCUUUCGUCCAUUACAACAAAUGUCUAAUAAAGGUAGCCAAGGAUUUAUUCUUUCGACUUUGUAUUAAGUUUGUAUUCUUUGGAGUGAAAUAAUAUUUUGAGUACUUAAAAUCUU